AUGAUAACGUCCGUUCAGGUUCAGCUCAAACACGCGGUAGUGAACUAUCCCGCGUACGCGAGUGUGUUGAACUUUGAUGGAAUAGAGUUUCCAAUGACAUUGCAUCAAAUCGCGCGUUUCGAACGCAACAACAACGUGUCCGUAAACGUGUUUACAGCGGUGGAACAGGGACACGGAUACGUGCCGCUGCAACUCACAUCGAACAAGAAGGAAAAGCAUGUGAAUCUGUUGUAUGUUCCCGAUCAACACAAUGGACACGUGGGACACUUCGCGUGGAUAAAACAAUUAUCGCGAUUAGUCAGCUCGCAGUUGAGCAAGACUAAACGAAUAAAAUACAUAUGCGACCGAUGUCUACACUACUUCCACACGAGCGAUAAGCUGGCGGCACACACCGUGGACUGUGAACGAUUGAACAACAGCGCAGUCAUUCUUCCCGCUGAAGGAAAGAACCGUUUGAGAUUUGAGAAUUGCAACAACAAGGAACGAGUUCCAAUGGUUGUGUACGCCGACUUGGAGUGCGUACUCGAGAAACAAGACAAAGAGGAGAACGCAUCGAGCGCGCACAAGUACCAAAGACACAGCGUGUUCAGCAUCGGUUAUUACGCGAGCUGCGAGCACAUUGACAUCGGAUACAGAUCUCACAGAGGCGAGAACUGUGUGCAGUGGUUCGUAAACGAACUGCACGAGCUCGCGAAACGUGCGAAGACCUUGUUCGCAACAAAUGUACCUAUGGCAAAUCUCACACCGGUGGAGUUCGAGCGGUUUACGAACGCCGAGUGUUGCCACGUUUGCGAACGACCGUUCGAGCAAGACGACAUGAGAGUGCGCGAUCAUUGUCAUCUGACGGGACGCUUCAGAAGACCCGCGCACUCCGCGUGCAAUCUGAAUUACAAACAGGUCUACGUUGUUCCCGUUGUGUUCCACAACUUGUCGGGGUACGACGCGCAUUUUAUUAUCAAGGAUGUGGCCACCGCUUUCGAGGGUGAGAUCAACGUGCUGCCCGUGACAAAAGAAACCUACAUAUCGUUCACGAAACAUGUGAGCAGUACUCGAGAUAAAGACAAUCAGAAGUGCGUGCAAUUGCGGUUCAUUGAUUCGUACAAAUUUCUGAGCACAAGCUUAGAAAAGCUCGCAUCCUAUCUCGACAAGAGCGAACUGCGAGUGACUCGAACGGAAUUCAACGAUCUCUCCACCGAGGACUUCGAACUGCUCACACGAAAAAGUGUGUUUCCAUACGAAUACGUGGACAACGUCGACAAACUGUUGGAAACAAGUUUGCCACCGCGCGAGGCGUUUUACAGUUCGCUGACUGGUGAGACUGUGACGGAGAGCGAGUACGCGCACGCGACGAACCGACCUGUAUCUGAAGAUGUACUUUUGCUGGCCGAUGUAUUCGAAAACUUUCGUUGCGAGUGCCUCGCGAGUUACGGACUGGAUCCCGCGCACUACUACACGCUGCCGGGAUAUACAUGGGACGCUAUGUUGAAGCACACUCGUGUGACGUUCGAGCUGCUGACAGACAUCGACAUGGUGAUGUUCGUGGAACGCGGCAUACGCGGUGGUCUGAGUCAAUGUUCAAACAGAUACGCCCGCGCCAACAACAGGUACGCGCAAUCGUACGAUCUAUCCGAACCGACGUCGUAUCUGAUGUACUACGACGUUAACAAUCUCUACGGAUGGGCGAUGUGUCAACCACUUCCAUAUGGUAACUUUGCGUGGGUGGAGAACGCGUACGAGUUUGAUGUGACAACUGUAGCGGCGAACAGCAACGUUGGCUACAUACUCGAGGUCGAUCUAACGUAUCCGAAAGAACUGCACGACGCGCACAGAGACCUGCCUUUUUGUCCGACGCGUGAGGAGCCGCCCGGUAAACAUGGAAAGAAUCACGUCAAACUGCUCGCCACAGUGUUCAACAAGAAGCGAUACGUGAUUCAUUACCUCAACCUGCAGCAGUAUCUGCGAUACGGGCUUCGCCUGACGCGAAUACAUCGAGUACUGCGGUUCUCGCAAUCGCCUUGGCUGCGCGGAUACAUCGAACUGAAUACCCGAUUCCGCGCGAACGCCACCAACGAGUUUGCAAAAAAUCUUUAG